AUGGUCGACGAUAGAGGCGGCCGGCUGCUUGCUGCAACUUGGUCGUUGGUAGGCGCAAGCGCCAUACUAUUAUUCCUCAGAAUAUACUGCAAGAUAUGGCGUGGUAGGGGACUUUGGUGGGACGAUCACUUGCUCAUUGGCUCUUGGGCUGCGUUGGCGAUUUCCGUUUCCAUCAACUCUUACAUCGUAUCGCUGGGGUUUGGUCGCCACAUAUGGACCAUCAGCGACGAAAACCGAAAAGAGAUCAACCUCUUCACGAUCCUGGUCGCCACCUUCGGAAUCAUCGCGACGACAACGAGCAAAUCGUCCUUCGCGCUCACGCUAUACCGAAUCGUAACCAACAACUGGACAAAGUACUUUUUGAUUUUCGUCAUCGUGUCGAUCAACAUCUCGAUGAACCUAGUCUGGAUAUUUGGGUUCGCCAAAUGCACACCCCUGGAGAAGGUCUGGGAUGGCAGUGUCCCCGGAACAUGCUGGGAUAAG